UCAGAUUCAGUUCCUCGCAAACAUUCUACCGAGUGCUUAUAUUAAUACCAAUACUUUUGCAUUGGAUGACCAUGGAAUACAAAGUUAUUAGUUGCUGUUACCUGCUAUUAUUAUAUACGCAUUCAUCUCUUCAACAUGGACACGGUAUUCAUGGAUCAUCUAGCUUCAGUCAAUCUGCAUCGUCAUCUUAUAGUAGUUCAGGUUCUUCGUCAUUCUCCAGUUAUGGAAGCGGCGUUGAAGGUUUAAAUGAAAUUGCUAAAGGGCUCCUUAAUAAUGGUGGCAGUUUUGCGAAUGCUGGAGCAUCUGCCGGAGCACAUUCUGGUACCUUAGGUGGAUGCGCAACUUGUGGUAACAAUGCCGGCGCCAACUCCGGGGCAUCUUCUGGAGCAGGAGCCAACGGAUGUUUGGGUGGAUUAUGUGGUUCGCCUGUUAAAGGGGGGAACGCAAACAAAGCAGGUGCUGCAUCUGGAGCUUCAGCUUCUGGAAGCGGAUGUUUGGGUGGAUUAUGCGGAUCGGGUAUUAAAGGAGGAACCUAUGGAAAUAAUGCUUUGGCUGGAGCAGGAAGCAAUGCCAAUGCAGGAGCCUCUGGUAGCGGAUGUUUGGGUGGAGCAUGCGGAUCGGGUAUUAAAGGAGGAACCUAUGGAAAUAAUGCUUUGGCUGGAACAGGAAGCAAUGCCAAUGCAGGAACACUUGGAAGCGGAUGCUCUGGAUCGUCAUGUGGAACUGGUUCUAACGUAAAAUAUACCGGAACUUUCCCUGGUCCAUCUGGUAGUAUCUAUGACAGUAAACCGGUUAUUGGUUCUGGAGGAGGAUAUAAACCAGUUUCUAAUGGUUGUAGUGGAUUGGCCUGUGGAUCCUUACCUGGACAUGCCAGUGUUAGUACUGGAUCAUUCCCUGACGCAUCUGGAAGUAUCUAUGACAGUAAACCAAUUAUUGGUUCUGGAGGAUAUAAACCAAUUUCUAAUGGAUGUAUUGGAUCAUCCUGUGGAUCCUUACCAGGACAUGUUGGUGUUGAUGCUGGUGCUCAUGGUUCUACUAGCGUUACUGCCGGAACUCAAAGCAAUACAGCAUACAGUCAUGGAACAGGUUCAUUGGUCGGUGUAUUUCCACAAGGUAGCAUUUACGAUAGUAAACCUGCCCCAGCCUCAGGAUCUCAUAAAGCUCCUGAAGAAGGUUUACCCGCCGUAACAGGUACAUCAGCAAAUACAUAUCAUUUUCCGGGACCUCAAGGAAGUAUACAUAGCAGUAUCCCAUCUUCAACAGCCCACAGCAAUGCAGCAGCAACUGCUACAGCAGGAGCAACAGCUUCAGCAGCUGCCAAUAAUCACAAAAGCCCAUCAUCUUUCCCACAGAGCAAACAAACUUCCAGUUCUCUGCCAGCAGUAACUGGAACCUCCAGUGGAACUUACAAUUUCCCAGGCCCACAAGGAAGUAUACAUAGUAGCAAACCCGCUUCAUCCGUACCAAUGCAUCCAGUACAACAAAACACCGGUGUACCUAGUUCGUCAGUAAACUACCAACCCUCAUAUAAUGCAGGAACACAUGGUACUACAGGAUCUGGAAGUUCGUUACCACCUGUGACCGGAGGUACAUAUAAUUUGCCAGGGUCACAAGGUAGCAUACAUAGCAGCAAACCAACUGGUUCAGGAUCUUCUCCAUGUGGUUUAAAUAAUGCUGGACCAGGUUGCAAUUCUGGUAUAUACCAACAGGGUAAUAAACCAUCCUACAGCUCAGGUUCUCAUGGUGCUUCAGGAGCACAAGCUAACACGGGUUCAUUACCACCUGUAACCGGAAGUACUUAUAAUUUGCCUGGACCACAUGGUAGUAUACAUAGCAGCAAACCAGCUGGCUCAGGAUCUUCUUCGUGCGGAUUAAAUAACGCAGGACCAGGUUGCAAUUCUGGUAUUUACCAACAAGGUAAUAAACCAUCCUAUAGCUCAGGUUCUCAUGGUGCUUCAGGAGCACAAGCUAACGCGGGUUCAUUACCACCUGUUACCGGAGGUACUUAUAAUUUACCAGGAUCACAUGGCAGUAUACAUAGCAGCAAACCAGCUGGUUCAGGAUCUUCUCCAUGUGGAUUAAGUAACGCUGGUCCUGGUUGCAGUUCCGGUUCUUCCCCACAGGAGAGCAAACCAUCUUAUAAUACGGGUGCAUACGGAUCAUCAGGAGCAAACGCAAAUGCUGCAGCAAGUGCGGGAGCAGUUAGCGGAGGAUCUGGAAUACACUUUAGUGGUCCGUUCCUUGGUACACAAGGAAGCAUCCAUGAUAGUACACCUGUAGCAUCUGGUCAUACAGUUCCAGUUGGUCCAAGUAAAACAUGUGCGGGUGGUCUUAAUUGCAAUCAACCACAAGUUAGUAACUCUGACGUUUGCUCGCCUGGUACACCAGGAUGUACUUCAACUGGUCAAUUCAUUUUCGGUCCAAUUCCGACUAAACCAUCUGGUGACUGCACAACUGCGGGCGGAUGUUCGAGUUCCGAUAAGAAACCAGGACAAUCUAGCUAUGGCCCUGCUCCUAGCGGAAUUCCGGAAGGUUUUCCUACAGCUCCGGGAUCCGAAUAUACAACAGGUUGCAAGGGAGGCAGUUGCAGUCUACCAUCUGGCCCAUCUUAUGCAACUACUGCUGGAGGUCAUUCAGAUUCCAGUGGCUCCGGAUAUCAAGGAAUUAAUAUACCAUCAACAGAAUUAGGGGCACCUGGUUAUGGAGAUAGCAAGGAAUGUAAUGGUCCAAAUUGUAAUACUGGUGUUAGUGGAGCCGGUUGUACCGGUGGAAAUUGUAAUUCUGGUACUCCUGGUACUGACGGUUCAUUUGUCUACCCUGGUAGCGGAUCAACCUCUUCGUCUGGUGCAGGUUCUCAGAACGGAUGCAAUGGCGGUAAAUGCGGAUCCACAGGUUGUACUUCAAGUGGAUGUCAGACAGAAAGUGGAUCUGGAACAUAUGGACAUAAUGCUGGUGUGGGAAGUGGAUCUGGAUCAUAUGGACAUAAUGCUGGUGGAGGAAGUGGAUCUGGAUCAUAUGGAAACAAUGCAGGUGGAGAAAGUGGACACACUGUCAUUAUAGAAAAACCAGGGGACAAAAAGCCAAUAUCUUAUGGAAAUGGAGACUUUGUUUUCAUCGAUAAAGAUAAUAGUGGAGAAGGCGGAUUAGGCCACUUUGGUCAUGGUUCUAAUGCUAACAGUGGUUCAUAUUCUGGAGUUAAAGGUGGUAGUCAUGGAGGAACCUUUGGAAAUGGCCAGGGAUUAGGUCAUUUUGGACAUAAUUCUAAAGCAAAUGCUGGAGCAAAUACAGGCAUUAAAGGAAACUCUUAUGGAGGUUUUGCCAAUGCAUUCUCUGGAAGUUUUGCUUCUAGUUCAGCAAAUGCCAAUGCUGGAGCACAUGCCGGAUCUGGUUCAGGAAGCUAUGCCAGUGCUUCCGCUUCAGCAUCGGCCCAUGCAGGACAUUAUUGAUGUUCAUAAAGAAACUUUUUUUAAAACGAUCAAUUGCUUUGUAAUUUAUUUAUUUAUGUUAAGUAACUAUUGUCGUAAAGAUAUUGUUUAUGUCUUGUAACAUAAAAAUAAGGCCAUUUCUAUUUAAUUGUGAUAAUUUUUUAAUAAUUUUAAGUCUAUAAUAAAAUGCUGCAACUUUUAAAUCA